AUGAGGACAAAGAAGCGAACUAAGGACUGGAACGAGAUAGGGGGCGCGGACGUGGACGAGGACGAGGACGAGGACAAGGACCUGUUUUGGCCCCAGCUCACUUUAGGCAAGGCCCAAGCGGAGCGACAAGGCGACAUCCUGGCUCCUGUACUGCCCAGCAGCGGCUUGGCCGGCCUCGUGGGCGCCGCCAACGGCAAGCACCACCUCAUUUCGCCCACCAACACCCCACUGACCUCGCUGCCAUCUCUGCCGGCCGGCAUUUGCAGCAGUGACAGUGGCAUCUCCACCCUAAGCGCCAUAUCACCUCCGCUUUCCACCUCGACGCCUGCUGUGCCGGCCACUGGAGUCGGAAGCGGAGGGGGUGGAGGCGGAGGCAGCCCUCAGUUGCGGACAUCGCCCGCCCUGAGCAUGCUGGGCAGUGCCACGGCGACUGCCAGUGGAAAAACCGUACACGGCGGCGGAGGUCUCACCGCUGGAAUGUUGGGUCCGGCGGCCAGCAUCGAUCUGGGCAGCUCGCCACUCUCUCACCGCAAUUACAGCAAUACGCUGAAGGGAUUCGGUUUCCGGCGCAGCUUCGACGAUAAGAUCAUCACACCACCGUACGUGUCGCGAGCCCCUACCCACGUCAUUCCUUACCCCCACUUCCACGGGCCACUGCCCGCGGCGACUACACCUCACCACCUACACCUGCAUCACCACCCCAUCGGAAACGGGUCUGAGUCGGGAUCAGGUGCCGGCGCAGUGGGAGGUGGUGGCCUUUACUCUCCUGCGCAUCAAUCUCCGCUGUCUCUGUCGACGGUGACCGCGGCACUGCCAAUAGCUCCUCUUUACGGAUCAGGCUCCCCACUGGCGCUGCCUCUGACGUCCUCGCAGUCGACCACAAAGCUCUCCUACCGCGACGACUUUCUGCAGCAGAUUGGCUACCUGCCAACAACGCGCAUCUAUAGCACCCCAACCAGCAUCGUCGACGAGGACAAGGCGCAGCAGGACUUUCUGUCGCUGUCGCUCUCGCCGCCCCUGAACCGGCGACGGGACAUGCCGUCUCUGCGCGGACCAUUUGUCAGUCUGUGA